AUCAAAUCUCUGCAACCAGGCGGCACAGUACAACAUCAGUCAGCAUAAUUCUAUUGGACCAUCGCCAUUACUUCGUUUGGUGGGCAUCUGAUCCAGCUACAUUCCUUGAUCCACAUCUAGCACUGCCAGGAAAAAAGAAAGAACGAAACUAUACUCCAUUUCUAUUUCUCUUUCAGAUUUGACCUCGUAUUGGGUGGGGCAGGCACCACACGCGUCCCAUGCAUGUCUGACUAUUCUCAGCAUGCCCUCAAUUUCUAGUAAGGUUUAGUCUGUGUGUUACGUAAUAAAUAAUGGAUUGCUCCAACAAUGGAAACCCUACAAAACCACAGGUUGAAAGUGCCUUCGUGCCUAAAAUUGAGGUUCUUGAUUUUGAUUUGCCAGUGUAGAACAUGUUUUCACAGCAUAUAGGGGAGGAUGUUGCCAGUUCGUCUGGAAGCAAUGUGAAGUCAUCGUGCCCCGGGACACAGAAUUACAUGUAAAAGAGGAGCUUGAUACAUGUGGAGUUAGAGAUGAAAAGAAAGAAUCCUUGUUUGCAAUGGAUAUGUAAAAGAGGAGCUUGAUACAUGUGGAGUUAGAGAUGAAAAGAAACAAUCCUUGUUAGCAAUGGAUUUCGCUUUGGAGGAAAUUAAUCUUGCAAUGAGAAAGCUUGGCAGAGAAGCUCCUGUCACUGAACUAGUGGACUCCAAACUUGCCACUCGAAUUGCUGGAUCUUUUGAAAGAGAAGAUGCCAAAGAUAUCCAACAAAGCAUACCCGAACUGCUUGGGGGCAAAGAUAUCCAAGAAAACAUACCCAACUGCUGGUUCCACACUGGCAGACAGGCUCCAGCUCUUGAAAAACUGCUUUCAGACGGACACACUGGCAUAUCAUCUGUCCACCUUGAAAUCAGUGUAUCCAGAGGGAUUGUGAAUCCUGUCUAUCUACAACGGGAUUGGAGGGGCUAAAGUGUCUUUGCAUCGCUUGGGGUUCAGCUGAAAGUGGUGGUGGCUGAGGAAACUUGUGAGACAAAAAAGUUGUGGGAGAAUUCAGGGCAAAAAGGAGAGUUGGUGCACAUGGAAGAUGUGCAGAAGCUGGCCAGUAACAGGCUUGAGGUUUUGGUUAAAAAGUAUGGAGGGUUGAUUUCAUGACAUGCCACGACCCUUGCACUUGUGCUCUAAAAGCUGACGUGGCUGCUGACAUUGAUGGGCCUGCAGGUUUAGAUUUCAGUGUUCUACAAGUUUGUAUGUGUAGUGCAACAAGUAAGGAGUAAGAUGUACAGGAGCUGAUGGCCUGCUUCUUCCAAUGGCGUAAAAAACUAACAACGCCAUAGAAGGCGUAUUGAUGCUGAGCGAGACUUGCAGUCUAAGGAUUUCCGUUUGCAAGAUGCUAAGAAGUCAAAUUUUGCAGUAACUAGCACAACCAAUACGUCGAGUGAUGAACUUCUUCAAGAAGAAUCGGUGUUUACUUCAAUACGUUCUUAUCCAAAAUUAUAAACUCAACAUUUCCUCUAGUUAUUGACUUGUUUUAAUUUCAUUUUCAUUUUUUGUUUGUUGCGUAGGAAGUAGUAUUCACUAUUCAGAUUUAAUAUUUUUUAAAACUAAUAUCCAGAAAAUCGUUGAUGAGAUUCAAGAAGAGAGAAAGUUACUGGAACAAAUCCAACUGAGAGUAAAUGAAGCAGAAACCAAAAGAAAUCAUUUUAAGAUGUUGCUUGAAAAUAUUUGUGAGUCUGCAAAAGUGGACAUUGAUGCCUUGGAAAAUGCAGAAGGGGAGUUGAUGAAGAUAGAUAAGUAUCUAGAUGCAUGAUGCUAAAAUGGUCAAGCUUAUCCCUACAUGCAUACCUCUUUUCUUUUUGAAGUUUUCUUUCCAUCUGAUUUUCUCAAUUGGAAUUCCCAUGUUGAUUGCAAUCCACAUUUUGUUAUUUAGAAGUACAACCAUUAUGAAAACCUCAUGCAAGUGAAAGUCUUAACAGAGCUCAAGGAAGUGGAGAAAGAAUAUCAGGAACUUGAGCAUAGCCGUAAGGAAAGCUACAAAAAAGCUUCUAUCAUAUGUUCCGAGACAGAUAUUGAAACUCUAGGAGGCUGCAAAGGAAAUACGCCAGAGCAACUCAGUGCACAACUAACGAGGCUGAGCAAUAGACUGCAACAAGAGAGUCGAAGACACUCAGAAUCUAUUGAUGAUCUGCGAACCUUGUAUGAGAACAAGGAGCGUAUGAUAUUUAAAAGGCAGCAAACUUAUAAAGCAUUUCGCGAGAAGCUUUCUGCAUGCCGUAAGGCACUAGAUCUGAGAUGGAGUAAGUUUCAAAGAAAUGCAAGUCUCCUGAAGCGUCAGCUGACUUGGCAGUUUAAUGGCCAUCUAGGAAAGAAGGGGAUUAGUGGAAAAAUCAUAGUCAAUUACGAAAAGAAGACCCUUUCUGUCGAGGUUACAAUGCCUCAAGAUGCAUCAAGUAGCUCGGUUCAUGACACAAGGGGGCUUUCAGGAGGGGAACGCUCUUUCUCAACAUUGUGCUUUGCUCUUGCUCUUCAUGAAAUGAUUGAGUCCCCAUUUCGGGCAAUGGAUGAGUUUGAUGUAUUCAUGAUAUCCCUGCAAGCAUCAUUAUUAUCACCACCUUAAUCCCAAAUAGGAUGCCGUAAGCAGAAAAAUCAGCCUAGAUGCUCUCGUUGACUUUGCAUUGGCUCAAGGGUCUCAAUGGAUUUUCAUCACACCCCAUGAUAUCAGUAUGGUGAAGCAGGAUGAGAGGGUAAGGAAGCAACAAAUGACGGCCCCCCGUUAACUUCUACGUAAAGCUUCUCCCCAAUGCAAUAUUUUUUGUAUUCUUACUUCUUGCAUGUUGUGAGGCCUAACACUACGCCAGAAACAGCAUCAGACCACUGUUGAUUCACUACUGUUUAUGCAAACACAGUAGUUGAAAAAAAACAGACUACUGUAAGUUUUUCAUAAGAACAGAACGGUAGUCUAGGUUGUAUGCUUUAAAACUAUUUUUCAAGUUUCGAGAAACGGUAAUGUUUCAUUAGUUGUCUGUCUCAGUUCAAGAUACAG